AUGUCCAACAUGUUCUCUUUCGAUCCACCAGCUUCGAGCGGUGCCUCUGGGGCCGGUCUAUUCGGCACUGCCGGGAAAACGAACACUGGUGCAGGGUCCGGCGCAGGACUCUUCGGAAAUGUAGGAGCUUCGACGGGCGGAAGCUCCGCACCUUCGCCGUUUGGAAAUGCUGCGGCUCCAGCACAACAGAGCUCUGGGCUUUUUGGCGGUGCUGGUGGUGGUGGGAGUGGAACGGCUUCUCCCGCGUCGUCCUUCAGCUUUGGAACACAGAAUCAACCCGGGAGCAGCACUCCGACGUCGCUGUUUGGAAACAAUGCAUCGCAAACCCCCAACAAGCCGAGCGAAGCCCCUGCUGCCGGGCAGGCGUCCUCGGGUACACUCUUUGGCAAUGCCGGGAAGCCAGCAGGUGGUCUUUUCGGAGGUAACUCCGCCACGCCCGGUCAGUCUGGGGGCACGCUUUUCGGGGGGACCUCCACCACACCUGCCGGACCUCCGCCACUGGGCAACACCGGCGGUGCUCAGGGACCGUCGCUUUUCGGACAGAACGCGAACGCACAGAAACCGGGUGGCCUCUUUGGAGGUCUGGGCGCGAACACAUCCUCAUCGACCACCCCCUCUGCCCCCGCUACCACGUCGUCAACCACCCCAUCGCUCUUUGGAGGAGCGUCGCAGCCUCAAGCGGCCAGCGGUGGUCUCUUCGGAGCUGGCGCACAGCAGAAGCCAUCGCUUGGCUCGACCCCAGCAGCCCCCGCCGGCGGUGGUCUCUUUGGAGGAGCCAAUAAGGACAAGCCCGCGGAGUCAACGACUCCGACGUCGUCUGCGGCCCCUGCGUCGAAGCCUUUGUUUGGAGGUGCGGGUGCUGCGCCCUCUACGCAGGGAUCCUCUUUGUUCCCCGCGCCGUCCUCUGGCACGGACUCCGCCAGUAAACCCGCAUUCUCCUUAAAUGCCCCGGCCUCGACCGCUAAGUCCUCGGCGGCCCCGGCCGCGUCUUCCGCUACUGCCGGAAAAUCCCUCUUCCCGGCAAUGGGCGGGUCUACCUCGUCAGCCGCGCCGUCGUCCACCCCCGCCGCUGCUCCUACGGGUGGCCUCUUUCCCAGUCUCGGCGGCGCCAAGCCCACUGAGACCAGCGCACCCGGCAGCACGACCACCGCGGCACCUGCCACCCAGCCUGCAGCCCCCGCCGGUGGGAUGUUCGGCAAACCAGCUGCCAGCGCCGCAACCGGCCAGCCCUCCAGCACCGCCGCGACGGGGUCUACUGCCGCUAAACCUGCAGGGACGGAGGAGAAGUCCACUCCCGCGGCUCCGUUCGGCGGCAACGGCGGCCUGGGUGCGUCCACCGCCGGGCCGGUACCCCCGACUCAAUCGCGGUUGAAGAACAAGACGAUGGACGAGAUCAUCACGCGGUGGGCCACGGACCUGACCAAAUACCAGAAGGACUUCCGCGAGCAGGCGGAGAAAGUCGCCGAGUGGGACCGCAUGCUGGUGGACAACGGCACCAAGGUGCAGAAGCUGUACGGUAGCACGGUGGACGCCGAGCGGGCGACGCAAGAGGUCGAACGGCAGCUGGCGUCCGUCGAGGGACAGCAGGAGGAGCUGGGCUCGUGGCUGGAUCGGUACGAGCGGGAAGUGGACGAGAUGAUGUCGAAACAGGUUGGUCCUGGGGAGACGCUUCAGGGACCGGACCAGGAGCGGGAGAGAACCUACAAACUCGCGGAGAAACUCUCCGAGCGCCUCGACGACGUGGGCAAGGAUCUGACGAGCAUGAUCGAAGAAGUCAACGGGGCGUCAUCCACACUAAGCAAGACGAACAAGGCCGACGAGCCUAUCUCCCAAAUCGUCCGCAUCCUCAACUCGCACCUCUCCCAACUCCAAGUCAUCGACCAAGGCACCGCCGACCUGCAAACCAAGGUCGCCGCGGCGCAAAAAGCCGGACAGGCGAUGUCGUCGCGGUUCGGGCACGGCUUCAGCAGCUCGGGGAUGGGCAGCGGCAGCGGGAUGGGCAUGGGCGGUGGCAGUGGCGGCGGUGCGGCGGAUGACUUUUACCGGUCUUAUAUGGGUCGUCGGUGA